UAGUUCAUUGUAUUCUUCCAUCCUACAUCCAGUAUCAAUCCAAGUAUGCCGAGAUGGCGGCGCCGGCGCACUACCACCACAUCCACAUCAUCCCUGAUGCAGCUAACACUCACUGAUUGAUCUGCUUCCAUUUUUAUUUCUUCAUUUCCUACCAUAUUUGACCAAAACGAGUGCAAAGUUCAGACUCGAGAACCUGAAGAUCUUUCAACUCCAAGGAUCGACAGCAUGCACCCCGCUGGAAAAUUCCAUCCUCCAUUGCCGACGCUUCGGUCAGAAUCUAACCGUCAGAUGGAGAGCGGCGGCAAGAUGCACGUCGUGAUGCUGCCAUGGCUGGCCUUCGGCCACAUACUGCCCUUCGCCGAGUUCGCCAAGCGCGUAGCCCGGCAGGGCCACCGGGUCACCCUCUUGUCCACUCCAAACAACACCCGCCGGCUCAUCGACAUCCCCCCGGCCCUCGCCGGCCUCAUCCGCGUCGUGGACAUUCCUCUCCCGCGCGUCGACCGCCUGCCGGAGCAGACCGAGGCGACCAUCGACCUCCCCUCCGACGACCUCCGCCCGUACCUCCGCCGCGCCUACGACGCCGCCUUCCAGGACGAGCUCUCGCGGCUGCUCCAGGAGGAGGAGUCGAGGCCGGACUGGGUGAUCGCCGACUACGCGUCGUACUGGGCACCGACGGUCGCGGCGAGCCACGGCGUGCCAUGCGCGUUCCUCAGCCUGUUCGGCGCCGCGGCCCUCGGCUUCUUCGGCAGCACGGAGACGCUCGUCGGCCUCGGGGAGCACGCCAGGACGGAGCCGGCGCAGUUCACCGUCGUCCCGGAGUACGUCCCGUUCCCGACCACGGUGGCGUUCCGCGGCUACGAGGCGCGCGAGUUGUUUGAGCCGGGGAUGCUGCCGGACGACUCCGGCGUGUCGGAGGGCUACCGCUUCGCCAAGUCUAUCGAAGGGUGCAAGCUCGUGGGCAUCAGGAGCAGCGCCGAGUUCGAGCCGGAGUGGCUGCAGCUGCUCGGCGAGCUCUACCAGAAGCCGGUGAUCCCGGUUGGCCUGUUCCCUCCACCGCCGCAGCAAGACGUCGCCGGCCACGAGGCGACCAUGCGCUGGCUGGACAGUCAGGCGCCAAACUCCGUCGUGUACGCGGCUUUCGGCAGCGAGGUGAAGCUCAAGAGCGCGCAGCUGCAACGGAUCGCGCUCGGCUUGGAGGUGUCCGGGCUGCCGUUCAUCUGGGCGUUCAGGCCACCAACCGACGCCAUCACCGGCAUGGACGAGCUGCCGGAGGGCUUCGAGGAGCGGCUCGCCGGCCGGGCAGUGAUCUGCCGAGGCUGGGUGCCGCAGGUCAGUUUCCUGGCACAUGCAUCAGUCGGGGGUUUCCUGACGCACGCCGGCUGGAACUCCGUCACCGAGGGCCUCGCGCAGGGCGUCAGGCUGGUGCUGCUGCCGCUGAUGUUCGAGCAGGGCCUCAACGCCAGGAAUCUGGUGGACAAGAAGAUCGGCGUCGAGGUGGCGCGGGACGAGCAGGACGGGUCAUUCACGCCCGACAACAUCGCCGCGGCUCUGAGGAAGGUCAUGGUGGAAGACGAAGGCGAGGAGUUCGGGAUUACGGUGAAGGAGCUCGCCAAAGUGUUUGGAGAUGACGAGGUGAAUGAUCAGUGCGUGCGGGAUUUUCUCAGGCACCUGUCCGAGUACAGCAGAAAGAACAAACUAUAGUGCCAUUUUGGUUCAGGGUUGUGUCAUUUCAGGUGCCAUAUAGUACACUCAGCUGUGUUCUCUAGUCAGUUAGCGAUCAGUUGUUUUAUUGGCUCCUGGGGCUGGAAAAGGUAGUACUGUUACCAGACUUACAUCUUGAAUUGAAAUAAAGACAUGGAAUGAAACUUGCAAAUACC